AUGAUUUACAAUGAGAAGUACCAGAUGAACCUCCCCGAGUUGUUAGUAGGCGCUAUAAUCCGCUUUUCAAAAGAUGGCUGGCUACUGAUGUCCAAGGGCGACAGAACCUUAUUCUUUUACAGUCCCUUCACAAGAGAAAUCAUCCAACUUCCUGAUGUACCUCAUGAGUAUAACACCCAUUAUAUUUUUUGUGGAAUUUCAUUCUCCUCUUUACCUACGUCUUCCGACUGUGUAGUUUUCGGUAUUGCUGAAUGGUACCGUCCCAACGAUGAAAAAAAGGAGCUACUCAUAGAUCAACAAGUUAUGCUACUCAUAAUUGAGAAGGUUAAUGAUGUGUGGAAGCCAUAUAAAUUUCAUGCCGAUAAUUCACGUAAACUUUUGGCAUGCUAUAACAACCCAGUCUUCUACAAAGGAAAUUUUUAUGCCUUAGCCUACAAUGGAACACUAGGAGUCUUCAACUUAGAGGAUUCUAGAGAUCAAAUAAACUUCGACAAAUCUAAUUGGAAAGUGAUUCCAAAGACAUUAACUCAGUUUGAUGGUGUUAAUCCAAGUUACUUGGUGGAAUGUGAAGGAGAGCUGUUACUAGUGAUUUUUGAACGCCCUUUCGGGAAGUUGGUUGAAAUUUUCAAGAUGGAUCCUUGCAAGAUGAAAUGGGUUAAAGUCAAAAGUCUUGGAAACUAUUCUUUGUUCAUCAGCCACACUUCAAGCUUUUCAGUAAUAGCUCCGGAUAGUAGCAUCGCGAAUAAGAUCUACUUCUCUAGAUUAAAUAAGGGUUUGUCCAUCGCGUCGCAAAUUGAGCCGAGCGUUUCAAUUUGA